CAAUUGCCAAUUAAUUAACCCCCUGAUAGCAAUUCGCUCUCAUAUUCACCGUGAAAACACCACAAAACCGACAAAACCGACAUUUACAUCGCCGCACAUCCCUAUUGACAUCCCUGGGCGGCAUACAACGGUCCGCAUACCUUGCUGACCAUAUUGAAGGCCAUAAAAGUAGUCGAUUGCAAAGAAAAGCCACGAGCGGCUAUGCGUAGAGAUACGACUGUUAAAGGGGGUUUCAAUUAGUCGAGAAUUGUUUGGACCGUGAAGCGGCGGAAGUCUUUAUCGGGCCGGCGUCCCGCCCCUUCUUCAGAUGCGAGCGGAUACUAUAGUUACGUAAAAGACGCGUAAAUUAACGGAAACGCGUGAAUCUCCGGAUACACGUUUACAUGAGAUCAAGACAUCGGGCCAAAAGUCGCGUAAAGUACUCCAGCUCCUGCUUGUUUGUUGACCAAGAUGAGCACCAAUUGAGAUACGGACAACGGGAUGAUGGAUCAAGUAUUAGACUCGGGCCAAAACAAGCCGGUCUGGCAUCUCAUUCCUCUCCCCCUCUCACAAAUCAAUCCAUCUGCGGUCCGUCCUCAAUAUCCACGAGGCCGCCAUGUCCCUACGCUCCACUCCUUUUGCCUCGCUACCAUUUCUCGUAAUUUCCACGUUGUCGAACCAAUGUCUUUCACCGGCGUGCACCCUGUGCUUGUUCGACGUAUCUUUAGCCGUAUCCGUGCGGACAGAGGGUACGAAGAAAUACAGGAAAGUGAACAAAUUUCGUCUAAUCCUGACGAGGCUACAAUUUGGGCGUAUGAUGCUUUAUUAGAAGGCGCUGAUGCGGGAUCAUUCACAUUGGCUCUACCGGCCAUUCCUACUCUAGCUCAUCUCCCACCGAACCCUCGCACACCCAACGUUCAGCAUCCGCUCAACUAUCUCCCGUCGCUAUUUGCAUCAUCACUUCUCAACCCCACCACUUCACUUUUGACGUCCCUCACGUUGGACGGUAUGGACCGUGCGGUGAAUGAUCAGAACGUCCAGGCACUGCGGUACUGCACCCAUUUGGAUGUUCUGUGGAUGAAGGGAUGCCGGAUUACGGAUAAUGGCAUUAGAUUACUUGGGAGUGCCCUUGAAUUACCUGGACAAAAGGAUCUCAAGGAGGGAAGAGGUCUCUGGAGGUUACGCGCGUGGUUUCUGGGCGGGUGUAAGGGUGUCAGCGAUAGAAGUGCAAAAGUCUUCGCUAGGUGGCCGGGACUAGUAGCCUUGGAUUUGAGAGAUACAUCCUGUACUGAGGCUUCUUUCGCUGUCAUCAACCGCACAUUGCAGGCCCUUUUCUCCGGACAGAACCCGAAAUUCCAAGCUUGUACCGACGGCCUCGUCCCACUCUUUGCUUCAAAUCUCCCGCCGGCCGAUAUCGUCUCAAGCCUAUGCUUAACCCUUAUCAAACUCCCCAAAGAAAAGUCUGACCUCGUGUCAUUGAAUGUCACUUCAACUUCAAGACCCAUACCCGAUAAAUUCCUUCCACCUUCAUCGCGAGCUAUCCCAUCAUCCAGCUCAGUAUCGGCGAGCGGCAAGUCCUACGUUCCAGGUAUCGGUUUCAUCUAUGGUUCCAAUCUUUCAAGUUGCAUCGAAGAAGAAGAUCGUGAUCCUCAACCAUUCGGUACAUCCAUUUCUCUUUUCAAUCCUUCAUCUUCGCCUCAUAAGGAUGCCUUCUCUCAAGUGGAAGAGGAGAACCCGACCCCGGCGGAAAAGCGAAAACGUACAAUCGCCAAAAAACUAGAGAGGAAUGGGCAAGCGCAUUUGGUUGGUAAAGCGCAGAAGGAGAAAAAACCUACCAAGACUCCGAAAGCAAAGGCUGCUGGCGUUGCAGCAGCAGCUCAAGCAGGAGAAUGGUGGGACGAUGCCGAUGGCCAGGCAAAGAACUUUUAUUCGGCCGCCUCUGCUUCUACCUCUACAUAUUCAAACGCCUACCCCAUGUUAAGCGCCGAGGCAACCCAAGCAAAUGCGCGGGGUCAAGGUGAAGGAGAUCGGCGACUCAUGCUUGUGCGCGUGGUCCAUGACGAAUGGUUCCGGCUCACUUACACCACAGCCAAUGCGCUUGCUCAGGCACAGACGAAAGAGGUGAAUUGGGCGAGAGAAGGGCAGAUGGCGGAGAAGAGGGGGAAGAUGGUGGGUGAUAUUAUGCAGGCGACGGAAAGUGUGAGAGAGGCGUCGAGGAGGGCGGUAGAAGCGAACAAAGCGACUGCCAAUGGGCAAGCGGCAGAUCGAGUUAGGACAUCUGGACCGACGGACGGUAGUGUUCUUCCAACGCAGACGAGCAUGAGAAGCGAAGAGAUUCUCCGGCGUCGGAUGGAACGUCAAGUCGUUGACCCUUCAGGCAUUACCACCACUGUCCCAUCCACAGGAUCGUCGCCAAGUAUUUCCCAAGCAUCAGACGGUUCUCAAAAUCCAUUUAAAAAGCCAUACACUUCGAAACCCUUCGCCACCAAGUACUAUCCCCGCAAAUACACUGGCUCUGCGAGUCGCUCGCCUCCUCGAACGAAGAAACCUUCUCCCUUUGCACCACAUUCUCGGCUGGUAGGCAAGGCCCCUAAUCGGGGCGGUACAAAUACGUCGUCUUCCAUAUCAACACCUGGAAAACCAUCCCCACUCACUGGACAUUCCCCCUCCCAACCUUUACAACCAUCUUCAUCCCCGCCAAUGUCCUCCCCUGUUGCCGCUACCUCGGUACAAAGACCUAGUACGCGUUCCAAUCCUUUCGCGCCCAAGCCAUCCUCUAUCCACCGGUCAUCGUCUCCUGUCUCUUCCGCGCAGGAGGAUGAUAGUCUCGAUUUUGGGUUUAGCAGCGGUGCAUCAGCGAAGAAGAGGGCGUUUGGAGGUGCACCAGGAGGGGAAGGGAAGAGAAGAGGAAUGAAGAUGUUUUCUGGGAAAGUGAACGGGGUGGUGUUGAAGAGUGCGAGAGAGGCGUAAAAACGGUGCUUUAGAAGGUGAUGGAGCAGUCGGGAGAGAAGACAUGACUGGCAACAUGUUGGAUAUGGUCACUGAGAACGGGUCGGAGUUUGGAGGAUAUCAGAAAUUCCACGGGUAUUCUGAACUUGAAGAAAAUGGAACGUUUGAUGGCUGCUAUGCCAUAUUUUAAUCAUGUCAUGCCGCAUGGUUAAUGGAUGACGGCUGGCCGUAGGCACAAAGGGACAACUUUAUAAUUUCGGGAUCGGACCUUGCGUCAAGCAUCGAAUCAUCGAAAUUGAUUGCCGUCCGUCGAUUUGUCGAUCUGUCGAGGUUAAUCUAUCACCCAUAAAAGGAUCCAAUGAGAUCGGUGCUGUUGUCAUCAUUCUACAUGCUGUCUAUCGCCCAUCACCAAUUUCCCGUGUAUUCAUUUUUUAGCCUUUUCUCCAUCAGAGGAUGUUGUCCCAUGUCCACUGAUCAGUACCUCAAGAGCCCGACAGGAAGGAAAAGAAGGAAGGAGUGUGUUAAGCGAAACGGUUCCUGAUGGGCGAAUGACCGAUACCUUGAUGUUGGAGUUUAGGGACCCGGAUUGAGGAUGGUAGCUCAGGGGUCAGGAACAUACCAAAGGAAGGGCCCUUUGAGAUGAUCUGUAACCCACUGUGUUCAGCGAUUACAGUGUUGCGAUUUCAAAAUGUCGAAUGUCGGGCGUUGGCUAGUUGUGCGUAGAUCGCGGUUCAUGAAUCAUAUCCGGACCAUUUGAAGGGUACGGACAUUUGAUUGGGGGGAUCUAGGCGAUGAGGAUUGACUGCUUUCAGUUCCAAUUGUUGUUCUUGACAGAUCUGAACCAGAAUGAUAUGCGAUGAAAAGACGGAAGCUAUUGAUCGUCGUGUGCUCGAGUACUGCGAUGCAGCGCGAGUGAUGUUGAUGAUGUUGUCUUGUCGCUCGUUGUGACUUUUGCUUUUCGAUGAAAGCUUUCACCAUUGAUGCCUAUCGAUCUUGAAGAGGAAAAGUAGUCCGCUGAAGAGUUGAGAUCAUAUGUACGAUAGCACUGUAGUCAAUUUUCCAUCCACCAGUCUCAUGCACGCUAAAGGACUGC